AAAUUCGUUCACAUACACUUGGUGGAACACAUGAUAUUGCUGAUCCAUAAUGACGCAGGUAUUGGUGGAGGUACUCCCAAAUAUUCAGGCAUGUAACCUCUACAUAACACUAUCAGCUGAUAGAGGUCCUUGUCUGGAAAUUACGGCUGAUAAAUAUAUGUGCAUCGUCAAGUUAAAAAACGGAGAUGAUUUGAAUAUCAAGUUCCCAAGAGGUACAUCUUUAGUACCAGGAACUGUUAGCAAAGUCACCCAAGAUGACAGCCACAUAACUGCAAGAGCACAGUUGGAUGAGAAGACAUCUCUCCUCAGUACACUCAGUGCAGACCUCUUGAGUAAUAUUGGACCAGUCAUUUCGGAUUCUUCCCCGACCUUUAGUGAGAUCCUGAAAGAUAGUCUGGUGACGGCCCAGUGUAAGCAGUGCCGCAAAGUUUUACUGAAUGAUGUGAGGUUUAGGAGAGUAUUACCUUUACCUUCAGUGGACUGGGACCAAGCCUCAGAGGGGUGGUUCUGUCACCUCCAUGGCAGUGAGGGCGAGAAACUCAAACCUUCGUCACUACAACCUGCAAGUGACGAUUGUUUCUAUUCCGAACUUCAUUUCCUCAUUCAUAAAGAUGCGGCAGUGGAUUGUGUCGCUCCAAAUGACAAUAAAUGUGAACUGACGUGUUGCGGCUGCCAAGCAUCUUUAGGUAUUCGGAGUAAGGAGUCUGCGUUGAAGUUGUGGGCGCAUAGUUUGAUGUGGGUGAGAAGUGAAGACAAGCAGAUUCUUUUCGGCAAGGACGUUAGUGGAAUUCUUUUGUCAUUAAUUCAUAACAUUGAUAAAGACAAUUUUGGAGUAAACUGUAGACUUGUGUUGAAGGUGUCACAGGAGGAGGAAGCGGCGGCAGAGCCAGAAUUCCUAUAUUUAGUGACAAUGAACACCAAUCAAAAACUACUCUUACCCGAAGGAUCGUCUCUCUCAGGAAUAUCUGACAAGAAAUAUAGUGUAUCAGGAAACAUUUAUAAGAUGGAGGCGGACAGUCUCGCUUCGGAUAAGUCCUUCUCUUCCGAGAAGCGACCUCGGGUACACCAAGUGAUAUCUCAGAAGUCAUCCUUAGGAGACUAUAUACCAUCAAGCUCCUUUACCUCUUGA